AAAUCUACGUAAACUACCUAACUAAAUGGCUUAAUUGAAUAAUUCAUAUUGUUCUACACUAAUAAAAUAAAUAAAAUAAUAAAUCUACAAGCAAACCCGCGCGAAACAAGUUGUUCAAUAUUUCUUUUGUUCUCUGUCGAGCGGGCGGACUGUUUUUUAUGCAUGCGCAAGCGACGCGCCUACGGCCGCGAUGCUCCCGCCGCGUCUCCUAGUCCGAGCCAGAGCGUUAUUGAGCACGGACGUAUCGCUGUCCGUCACCGCCGGACCCGCGAUGGUUCAUCUUCACCUUCAUCUUCUACGCCUACCUACUACACCAUGCAUGGUCACCACUGCCGAAACUACCACCUGGGUCUUCAACCCGGCAGAGCUGCCUGUCGUGUCGGACGGCCCGUACGCACACUCUAAGUGGCCCUACACCACAGUGCGUACGGUCCCUAACCGUCUGGCGCGUCGACGACUCUGCGGGCUCACCACCAGCGAAGAACCAACCCACAUCACCAUUAAUACUAGCGAGGACAGUGGUUUGAAUAUACUACCACCGGUGACGAAUCUCGUGCGAUACGAUAGUUUGCUCGUAACUCACACCCUUAAGGUCUCUUACUCUUUAUUCUAAAUAAACUACUUGUUAACCUAAUCUAUCUUUUAUUUAUCUAACUAUUAAUCUAAAUUCA